UGUGGUGUACUACUGCAUGCAAGUAGUAUCAAGGUGUAGCCGGUGGCAAUGAAGUUACAUAGUUUCGAUGUUAACCCAGAUCCGAAGGGAGAUGCGGCCGAAUCGAAAAAGAUUAACUGGUAUUGGGCACCUGUAUUCUGUGCCUUUUGGUUCUUGCUCUUCUAUGUUACUGUAAUACCAAGUUUCUUUUCGUACCCGGAGACCCUACGCAUACGCGAUGAAAAAGCUCAUCCUGAUGAAUUUAUAGGCGAGAGAGCUCAAAUGCAACUAUUGGGUUUGUCAUCCAUUGGCGUUAAGCUUACGGGCACUGUGGAGAAUGAAGUCCAUGCACUUCGGUUUUUGCUAAACGAAAUUGAAAAGAUUAAAUCAGCGUCACGCCAAGAUCUGUACGACUUAGAGGUCGAUGUACAGCAUUCGUCGGGGGAUUUUAUGCUUUGGGGCAUGGCCACUUCCUAUCACAAUGUCACCAACAUUAUUGUCAAGUUGUCGCCCAAGAACACGAGUAGUGAGUCGUAUUUAUUGGUGAAUUCCCACUAUGAUUCAGAAGUGGGCUCUCCCGCUGCUGCAGAUGCGGGUGUCAUGAUUGUUGUUAUGUUGGAGGUUUUGCGAGUAAUUUCUAUUUCGGAAAAGGAAUUAAAGAAUCCCAUUGUCUUUCUGUUGAAUGGUGCGGAGGAAAGUAAUCUUCUGGCAGCUCACGGAUUUAUUACGCAACACAAAUGGGCACCCAAUUGCAAGGCGUUAAUAAAUUUGGACUCAACAGGUUCCGGUGGAAAGGAAGUUCUUUUUCAAACUGGACCCGAUCAUCCUUGGCUGAUCAAGUACUACAUAAAAUCUGCUCCACAUCCUUUUGCCACCACCUUGGCCGAAGAGUUGUUUCAAAAUAAUUUCGUGCCAUCCGAUACGGAUUUUCGCAUCUUUCGCGAUCAUCGUGGUGUUCCCGGUUUGGACAUGGCUCAUGCGUUGAACGGUUACAUUUAUCACACUAAAUACGAUAAUUUCCAGAAUUUGGAGAGAGGAACCUAUCAGACGACUGGAGACAAUGUUUUGGCUCUAACCUGGGCCCUAGCAAACGCCGAGGAACUAACCAAUCCAGAGGAACAUGCUGAAGGACAUGUGGUCUUCUACGAUUUCCUGGGUUGGUUCAUGGUGGCAUAUACGGAGACGACAGGAAUAAUUAUCAACUCAAUUGUGUGCUGUUGCGCCAUUAUCUUCAUAUUUCUGUCGGUAUUCCUAAUGUCUGGAACGGAUGAAAAAGAUGAAGCCAAACCGGUUUACAUGCAAUUCUUUCUUAUUUUCGGCUUCCAAUUACUCACAGUGGCAGUGGCUGUGGGCUUGACGAUAUUGAUAGCUAUCAUUGUCGAAGCUCUGAGCAUGACGCAAUCUUGGUACACCCAGACAUGGAUGAUAUUCGGUCUCUAUUAUUGUCCAAUGUUUUUUGUUUUGGCUUUAGGGCCAGGAUUAUACAUACAUUGGAGGAAAAAUAAGAAUACAAUGGGACUGAAUAAUACCAUCGCCUGCUUCAUGCAUGCUCACUGUCUUCUGCUUGCCGUUAUUUGCCUAACAAUGACUGGACUUGGGAUACGUUCAUCCUUUUGUGUUAUGAUAGCAGUCUUUUUCUAUACGGUUUCCGUAAUUCUGAAUAUGGCUGUUGACAAAUUCGCAAAAAAGGAUUAUUAUUUUGUCAUCCAUUCGCUGUGCCAAGUGAUGCCAUUUUGGUUUUAUACCUAUUUGUCCUUUUUGUUCUUGACCUUCUUCAUACCAAUGCAAGGCCGUGAUGGUCCCACUAGCAGACCUGAGCUGCUACUCUCAAUAUUUUCGAUUUUAUGCAUUCUACACUUUGGCGGUUUCAUUUUACCGCUUUUGAACAAAUUUCGCAAAUCGAAGACAAUUUCUUCUAUAUUCGCAGUUAUAUGUGUGGUGUUCAUUAUAAUUGCGGCCACACCUGCUGGCUUUCCAUACACCAAGGAUGUGACUCCCCAAAGAUAUUACGUCUUGCACACAGAACGCAUAAUUCGCGACUAUGCGGGAUUGGUGGUUAAAAAUGACACUGGCUUUUAUAUUCAGCCGGUAGACACUAGGCCUUAUAGUUUAGAUGACACUACAUUGAAAGACGCCUUGCCGCAGUCUUGGACAGAUGAGCAAUGCGCCUCAGAAACAUUUUGUGGGUUACCUUUGUACAACACGCGAUGGAUGGAUUGGAAAAACUCAAUGAAAUGGGUACCAGCUUCCCGGCCGAACUUUGUAAUUGCCACAGAUUUAAAAUUAACCUCCAAGACCUAUAUCAAUGAUACUCAUGUAAACUAUUCAUUCAGCCUGAGGUCUGCAGACAGAGCGGUCAUAUACAUCGAUCCACAUAAUAAAAAUAAAAUUGUCGACUGGUCCUUUAAUAGGGUCAUGUUGGACGAAGGCGAUAAGCCGCCUUAUUUUGCUUACCAUGUCUACUCCAUGGACGAUACGCCAUUCCAAUUUUGGAUACAAGUGGAGAGAGAAUCUGCUACUCAAGAAGGACCCUCUUUCCGUUUGGGUGUGGGGGCCCACUUCCUAUAUCACUCCCAUACGUACACACAGGAAUAUAAAAACUUUUUAUCGUCAUUUCCGGAUUGGGUGUAUCCAACGAAAUGGGUUGCAUCCUUUGAAAGUUGGCAUUUCUGAUGAGUAACCUCUAGUCGAAGCCUAAAUGCAAGUUCAAAUCGUAUCUUUCUUUUCGAACAAACCAUGGAUGGGUGGGCGAUAAAUAUACCAACAUACAGUGUGCUAGAGAGAACAUUUUGUUCUUAAUUGCCAGCAGAAUAAACUUGGAUAUAGGCUCCAAUGAAUUGUAUCUCAUUACUUAAAUUGCUUCUCAUAACAUUCAGCAUAAAGUGAUGUUUGAUACGAUUUUGUCUUUUAAUUUUGAAAUAAACAUAUAUGUAUUUAUAUCAUUCA